AUGUCUAAAGGUGUCCGUUUUCGUAUAGAGCCUACGCCUGUAGGCGAUGGCCGUUUGCUGCGAUUUCUUACCGAGCAGCAGCCGCCACAGCCGUCAUGGGAGGCCCCCCCUAUGAGGCCCCUGCAGCUGCAGCGGCAGCAGCAGCAGCUGCAGCUGCUGCAGCAGAGGCAGCAGCAGCAGCAGCAGCAGAAGCAAAAGCGGCAAGAGCAAGAUGGUGAUGCGGCGAGUUCGCCUCCAUCAUCACCUGCAACAGGCCCUGAAACUAAGGAAGAAAGAGAAAAAGCUGCUGCUGCUGCUGCUGCUGCUGCAGCAGCAGCAGCAGCAGCAGCAGAAGGAGGUGGGUGGACGGAGGAAGGAAGAAAAAAGAUGAGGGAUUGGCUAUCUGCAGCAGCAGCAGAAGAAGUAUUGAAUCCUCCAUUAGAUUUGCUGCAGCAGAGUGGUGCCUUCUUAGUAGCAGUAGAUGAGCAGCAGCAGCAGCAGCAGCAGCAGCAGAAUCUCGUGCUGCGCAACGAAGCUGUAUGGGCUGCUGCUAUAGCUAAGAGGGACAGAGCAGCACAGAAGCUAGCAGCAGGAGGGAUGACAGCAGAUAUGCUGCUAGGGUCGUUGCAUGCAGCCCCAGGGGAGCGUUUCUUAACAUUAUUACCAGCAGUGCAGCAGCAGCAGCAGCAGCAGCAGCAAGAGCAGCAAAGACAGGAGCAGCAGCAGCAGCUAUUAAUAGGUCUGCAGCAACGAUACGAACGAGCACAGAAAUUGCAUGCAGCAUUAUUAUCAGCAAUUAAGGAGCAGCAAGGGCCAUUAGGUGCUGCUGCUUCCUGUAAAUGGUUGCUGCUGCUGCUGCUGCUGCAGCAGCAGCAGCAAUGGAGAACUGUUAAGAAACAGUACCACGCCCUCGAGUUCGAGCAGCAAGAGUGUAAUUAUCCUUAUAUAUUUGAGGUGUAUAUACACCUUAUUCAUGUUGCUGCUUGCUGCUGGGGCCCCACACCUAUUAAUAGGGUACAUCUCCCUCUUCCUGCUGCUAGACCCUAUGAGGAACAAUUCGCGCUGCUCUCUGUUGCUGCACAAGAAGAAGAAGGAGAAGCAACAGCAGCAGCAGCAGCAGAUCAGCAGCAGCAGCAGCAGCAGCAGCAGCAGCAGCAGCAGUUGAAGCUGCAGCUAGAGUUCCCCCCUACUGUGGGGCCCCUCAUAGAGAGCCGCAGGCUGCUGCACUGCAAGUUGCUGCUGCGCAUGCAGCUGCUGGAUAAACAGGCAAGACUGGUGCAGCAGCAGCACAAUUGCUGCUGCUGCUGCGCACAGAAGGGAGAAACUGCUGCUGCUACAUGCAAAGCCACCCGAAUACACAGGCAAACAGCAGCAGCAGCAACAGCAACAGCAGCAGCAGCAGCAGCAGAAGCAGCAGAUCGUACAUACGGGUCUACCUGUCAACCUGCCCUAUCAAAGCUCCAAAUACCUCCAGAAAUACUUAGCAGCAGCAGCGACAGCAGCAGCAGCAGCAGCAGCAGCAGCAGCAACAGGGAGGUAGUAGAAGCAGCAGAAGAAGUACAUGAAUUAUUAGAAGGAGCUCAAUGGGUAUUAACAGACCUAGCAGCAACUCAUGUAUUCACUGCGCAGCUGCUGCUGCAGCAGCAAGAAGGUAUUCUUACAUUAGCUCGUCGUCACCGCAGCAGCAGCAGCAGCAACAACAGCAGCAGCAGCAGCAGCAGCAGCUGGUGUGGGACGAGCUGCGGCAGCAAAUGCCUCUCCGUAGAAAUUGUGCACAUCGUUAGUGAUCAUAUUGAACUCCUUAUAAGAAAUGUUCCGGUGUAUACACAGCAGCAGCAGCAGCAGCAGCAAGAGCAGCAGCAGCAGCAGCAAGAGCAGCAGCAGCAGCCUUUCCACACUCAUGACUUCACCGUUAUCAUUUCUUACGCACCGUCAGUGCCGCCUCCCAGCAGCAACAGCAGCGACAGCAGUAGCAGCAGCAGCAGUAGCAGCAGCAGCUGUAGCAACGACAACAACAGUUGCAGCAGCAGUUGCUGCUGCUGCAACGAUCUGCUGCUGCAGCAGUUUGAGCGUGUUGUUGUGCUGUCUUUGCGGCAGUUAUUCUUAGAUACCUGGUAUGAGGAAGCAUUUGCUGCUGCUGCUGCUGCAGCAGAUGGGUUACCCCCUUCGCUUCCUGUGCUGCAGCAGCAGCAGCGGCUAAAGAAUAAGCUAAGACUGCCGCAGCAGGAGAAGCAGCAGCAGCAGCAGCAGCAGAUACCACGACUUAAGGGUAAUAUGCUGCUGCAAAACUUCCUAAGGUGGCUGCUACAAGCUAUGGAGUUGCUGCUGAUGCCUCCUGUGCAGCCCCAACAGCAGCAGCAACAGCAGCAGCAGCAGCAGCAGCAACAGCAGCAGCAGCAGCAAACGAGUUAG